AUGUCUAUCCGAAGAACCCUCAACACAUCAUCGAGCCUCGCAGUUUCCGAGAAGGUUUUUGACGGUGACUCGACACCUAACCUCACUGAUAGUGAGGAUGAUUAUUUGAGCGAUGGCACAAUUGAUCGAGAAUUGAUGGCCAAAGAUCUUCCCAAAGUAACAAAGUUUGAUUUCGUGCUCCUCGACGUUUUCACUCGAACUCCCGGAAAGGGUCGCCGGAUUGCAAUAAUUGUUCUCGAUGGGGAGACAGGACAAUUCCUUUUACCUUUCGAGAGGAAAAUGUUAGUCACACAAUACGAUUGCCCGGCCAUGGUUCUAUAUUCAAGGAGCGAUGGAAAGUCUCAGUUCUAUAUCGAGCAUCAAUGCAAAAACGAUAUGAAAACUGAUUGGGAGCCGUUCGAGACAUCGCAUGGCGUGCUUGCGCUGAAUUACCUUCUCGACUUGACAGAUGCACAGUUCAAUGAUCGAAAAGAAGGGCAAUUUAUUAGGACAUUCCUAGAUGGUGCUGAAGACUUUGCAGGUAUAAAUUAUCAUAAACAGCAUUAUGUUCACUUGGAAGAACGAUCAGAAGAUGAUUGGUUUGAAAUCAUGCCGUUUCGUGCCGGAUGCGAUACGGCGCUAGAGGAUAGAACUAUGCAAUAUAGGACCGUGAACCUUCCGCCAACGAUUAUAGAUAAAGCUGGCUUCGCAGGCGAGAUAAUCAAAGAUAUUUCAAAGGCACCGGUUUUCGUUCAUCAAUUUGGUGCCAUUGGGUUCACUUUCGUCAAUCUGUAUACAACCUACAAUUUCAACCACAUUACAACUGGAAUUCCAGACUUUUUGGUGAAGGAAAUUCUAGCCAAGUCAUCAUCACGCCAUGAGGAUGCUUUUAUUGGAAAUAAUGCCGGUACGGUGUUCUUUCAUAUCUCACCGAGGUUGUGUGUCGAAACAUGCCAAAAUAAACAUAACUUUGAGGUAUAUGAUCUUUACCAAAUAUAUGCCAAAAUCGUUGCGCCUUUCCCCGACAGCCCGGCUACUGGAAGUGCGGCAACUACACUAGCAGCCUACCUUGCGUUGUAUCUAUCUGAUUAUGAUAUCCGAUAUCGCGAAAGUCAUGAAAGGGAGUUGGAUAUUGGCGAUCACAGAAUAACGAGAUUCAUGAUGCACCUGGAUACCGCCAACACUAGUAAAAAUCAAGGAAGCCGGGUUGAAAUUGUGGUGGAGACAGAGGUUGACAGCCUCUUGAGAACCAAGAUUUCUGAACUUAGGUUCGGAGCUCCAAUUGCACUGGUGCAACAAAAGUCAAUGGAGACCGUGCGUGAGUGUCUGAACGUGAAAUCCAACAUAUGGCAUGCCGCAAUCAGACCGCUCGAAGCCAAUAACGAAGCUAGCGACGAAGGUAGUGAUCAAACCAAAGAUAAGAGAAAAGAUGAGGAACCCGCAAGCAGAGGAGAAGCCAUAGCUGUAGAAGAAAAGUUCCCAAGUCUUGACGAUGUCAAAGUCGAGGAUAUUUCUAAAGGAAAAAUGGAAGACGAAAGGUCUGCAAGCGAAGGAAAAGCCAUGGUUGUAGAGGAAAAGUUCCCAAGUCUUGACGAUGUCAAAAUUGAAGUCGAGGAUAUUGCUAAAGAGAAAAGGGAAAACGAGAGAUCUGCAAGCAUAAAUGAUGCCAUGGCGGAGAAAGGAAAGUCUCCAAGUCUUGACGAUGCCAUCACGGGAGUGCUCAGUGGGGAAGGUCUGGGGUGCCUGCUACCAUUAAGCAAGAAGGAAAGAAAGUACCUGGCUCGUUUAUUUAAGGAAGGCUUGGAACCUUGA